UUAAUUGUAAGCACUUGAAAUGAAAAGUUUUUUUCUUUUUACAAACAACGUCUUUCAUUAGUGAUGCAAAUAUGUUUGCGCAGUGGAAGCAUAGUUUUCAUAAAGACUUAUUGUGGCAGGUAUUUAUCAUUUUCACUUUAAAAUCAUACAAGUUGUAAUGUUGACAUAAACUAAUAUUUAUUUUUGAAAUUUAAAAUUAGAUGUAACGUUAAAUAUUGCAAUUGAAUAUGAACUAGUGAUUCGGAAUCAAUAACGCAAUCCAAUCAGGACCUCGAAGCAAAUUAAGUUAUAUAUUAACGUUACGUGGUUAUAUUAGCGUACUUAAUUAAAAUAUGGUUUCAGCAAAAAAUGUCCAGAGUUAAUAUUGAAGGCUUUUUGUUAGGCUAUUGAUAGUCCAGGACAGGUUAAGUGUUAAUGUGGUGCUAUUGUGAUGUUUAAGAGGAAGUGGUUGUACUCCGUAUUAACGAAUUUAAAUAUAUUUUUCAUAGUGUUAAACCGGAUUUUUUAUAAUAAUGUUAUCCAGUCUGUUACCGUUAGGCGAGGCACUGAUGUGUUUGAUUUUUACUACGCUGUCCGCCAAUACUGAUUCUAGAACAGUCUGCUGUGUAUGCUCUCGCUGUACUUUGACGUCAUACGCCGUUCAGUCUGCGCAGCGCUGUAUGCAUAUUAUGUAUUCAGUCUAUCCGUCGUACCUGUGCCUUGUCGACAUCACACGAAGCCCACGUCGUAAUCAACCUCUUUCCAAAGUCUGGAAAAAGCAGUUUACAUUAACAACUUCGAGAUAAAUGCGACUAUCGGACUAUCACGUGGGUUUGUUGUGUGUGUAACCGAAGCGGAAGGCAUCGUAAAUUCACUGACUACGCAAUAAAUAAGACUACUCGCGAAAAGAAGUCGGAUUUGUUCCUCCAGCUUCGUACUUAAACUUGUAAACUCUUGUUUAUGGAUUAUGGAAAUACUUGCCUGAUGGCUUUACUACUGCAAGUUGUCAUUUCUUCAACUGAUGCCCGACUUCAGCUUUUUGAAGUGCCACAGUCUUUCGAGUCCCUUAUUAGUAUUCUGAAGGAGAAACUGCAGUUACAAGGACAGUUCAUCUUGCAAUUUCAGGACCCUGAUUUUGGGAAUGCCCUUUGCAGCCUGACUGACAUCUCGGAACUGCCCAGUGAAAAAGCAGUCUUGCAUAUUCCCGGAACAUCCAUGCAACCACACGGAUGCUUCACUUGAAGAACAAAGACUUUUAUUGAUUGAUGAAACAAAAAAGGCAAGAAGCAACAUGGUGGUCAUACGUGAAAAAAUGGGAUUAACUUUUUCCCUGAGGAGAAAAGAAGUGGUAGAAGAUCAACCAAUAGUUGUAGACGUGCAGCAGAGGUGGCCUGCACUUUUUCUCCAGGAACAGAUUGCUGAGGAAUUCUUCAGAAUCACGAAUAAAGUCCUUCUUGAUGUCUUCAGGGCAGCAAUGGAGCGAUUUACACCAAAGCUCUUGAAAGUAUACAGAGCUCGAAAAACUGCAUUUGGAGAGGAUAUGGAACAGCUCCUAGAAAGACUUGAUGAAAGGAUGACAGAUAUUGUUAAUCACAGAAGGACUACUGCUUUGAAAGGCCUGCCUUUGUUUCUUCUAGAGGACCUAAACAAGCUGUUCAAGACAUGCAAAGACACCGAAGAUGGGGCAAAAGCAGUGUCUAUUGGCAUUCUGUGUGUUUUGGAAGAUGAGACCCAGGGACCAUCACCCGAGGUUGUAAACAUUGCUGUUGUGUUGGAGCAGGUCGUCGUUUUGAAAGAUCUCCCAGAUAUUUCUACUGCUCUUGCAUACCUUUUUGGCCUUCUGUAUGCAUUAAACAUGUCCUAUCCUCAAGCUCUUAAGUACACUUUUGACACCAUUCAGAAUGUUUUCAUGGAGCUGGGAUCUGGAUGCACCAAACGUGUACUUUCUCUGAAGAACAAACUGUUGUAAAGAAAAUCAGAACAGUGUUUUUGGAUUCUUUUUGAUGUUCAUUUGUUAUAAGACCUAAAGUGCGCUUGGAUACAAGGUCUGGGGAUUCUUAGUUGGCAUCUCUAUUUCUUUUUACAGAUGUCAAACUGUUCCAAAUGCACCAAACGUGUGCUUUCUCUGAAGAACAAACUGUUGCAAAGAACAUCAGAACAGUGUUUUGGGAUCCUUUUUGGCUUUCAUUUGUAAAUAGACCUAAAGUGCAGCUUGGAUACAACGUGAUUCUUUUAGGUGGCAUCUCUUUUGCUUGUCAUAAGAUGUCAGACUGUUCUUAUUGGGGUGGUUUCCCGGACAGGGAUUAGACUAUUCCUAGUCUAAAACAUUUUUAAGAGCUGUCCAAACUAAAAACAACUUGCACUUACAUAUCUUAAAAUACAUCAGUGCCCUUUGUUUUGCCUCAAAAUGCACACAGGUAAUGUUUUUAGUAAGGCAUGUUUGUUAAAACUAGUUAUAUUUCCUAAUUAAACUAAGGCCAAGUCCUGGAUUAAGCUAAUCCCUGUCUGGGAAACUGCCCCAAAGUGUUUAUAAUUGUAAUUUUGUAUUACAUCAUACCAUACCAGGUUAGUGGUUGCAGUAAGCAUGUCUGCUCUUAUAACUGGUUGUUUAAAAUUGAAAUUGUUAAAGGGAUAGUUUAUCCAAAAAUGAAAAUUGUCACAUUUUUGGCACUCUUAUUUUUUUUUUACAAAUGUCUUCAUUUUGAGGAACAGGAAGAAAGAUGCUUUGAGGAAUGUUUGUAACCAAACCGUUCAUGAGCCUCAUUAAUUUUCAUAGUAGUAAAAUAAAACACUAGAAAUGAAUGGGGCUCAUGAUCUGUUUUGUUACAAACAUUCCUCAAAAUAUCUUAUGUUCAUCAAAUCAAAUACAUUUAUACAGGUUUGUAACAACAUGGGAGUAAGAAAAUGACACAAUUUUCAUUUUUGGGUGAACUAUCCUUUUAAAUAAGUGUUUUAAAUGUUGGUUUAAAUGUGGUAAUUUGAAAAGGUUUAGAUUAUAGAACAUGUCAAGACAUUAAAAACAUUUUAUUGUUGGAUAAAAACAAAAAUCCUUAAUUGAUACAAGUUUUAUGCUGUUACAGUUAAGUGAUUGUCUGUAUGCUUCGUGUAUGCAAAAUUUAAGUUCCUACUGAAGAUGGGAUCUAGACUUUUUAAAGUGCAGCUGCUGUGUCACAACUUUAAAAAAAAGUUAAAUGUUGUGAAGAGUUUGGGGUUGUGUAGCAUCUAAUUUUUAAUUGAAAUAAAUGAUGCUAAAAAGAA